AUGUCUAGAAACAAAGUGAACUAUGCUUUGAUUGAAGAUGCUAGUCAAAGAAAAGUCUCAGGUAAUAAAAGACUGAAAGGGCUCUUGAAAAAAUCUGAUGAACUGAAAACACUUUGUGAUGUUGAAGUGGCUACAGUCAUUUACGACCCUUACAGAAAUGAACCAUAUACAUUUCCAAAUAAUGAUAUUGUACCCAACACUUUUAUAAAGUUUAAGGAGUUGCCGACAUUGGAGAGAUCUAAAAACAUGGUGACAAGAGAAGAGUUCACCAUGCAAAGGAUCAAGAAGUUGGAGGAACAACUUCAAAAAGUAUUGGAUUCUCCGAUUCCUUCACCAAUGAUGGAUUCUUUGGUGCCUUCACCAAUGAUUGAUUCUCCGAUGCCUUCAUUAAUGAUGGCUCCUCCAAUGUAUUCUCCUGUGUCUUCUACAAUGACACAUCAAAUGGAACCUACAAUGGAUAUCCCUUCAAUUGGUGUAUCAACAUCAAUGAAUAACAAUCAGAAUCCCUCUGUUGACUUACCAGAUAGUCCUACAAUUUCUGGGUUUCUCAACUGGAAAGAUGAUGUUGUGAUGACUUUAUUCGAUGUUCCGUUUUUAAAAAAUAUUAAUGUGCAAGAUCCAAACCACACCAAAAAAUUCUAA